AUGGGAAGACUUGAGGUACAAAAGCAAGCCAGGAAGAGAGUCCAGGACCAUAGAACGGAGGAAAAACAAGCAGAAUGGGAAGGAGGGAAGUCUUACCAACAGAAUGGGAACCAGCAGCACCUGCAGACCAGCCCACCUGGCAGCGGCAUUGCUUCCGGCAGCAGCUCUCGUGCUGGCAACAGCCCUUCCGCAGCCGCAGCUACACGGGCUGCAGCUCCAGGUGCGGCGAUGGCGGCCGACCGCGGGGACGCUGCAGCAGCUCCCAGGGCAGCCGUAGCAGCAGGGGCCGCAGCUGGGGCCGCAGCCGACCCGGGAGCGUCUGCACGGGGCGCAGCUGCCGCCACCCCAGCCGAGGCAGCCACCGCACCUUCCACAGCCACAGCUGCCCACGGCGUCGGGAGAGAGGCCUCGGGGGAGAGUCGGUAUAUAAGGGCCUCCCCCCACAGAAGGCGGCAUCAGACCUCCCUCCCUCCUGUGUCUCCUUCCUCAUCUCUCUCGCGUCCUCCCUACUUGACGCCGUGCGCAGCUGUGGCUGUGGAAGGUGCGGUGGCUGCCUCGGCUGGGGUGGCGGCAGCUGCGCCCCGUGCAGACGCUCCCGGGUCGGCUGCGGCCCCAGCUGCGGCCCCUGCUGCUACGGCUGCCCUGGGAGCUGCUGCAGCGUCCCCGCGGUCUGCCGCCAUCGCCGCACCUGGAGCUGCAGCCCGUGUAGCUGCGGCUGCGGAAGGGCUGCUGCCAGCACGAGAGCUGCUGCCGGAAGCAAAGCUGCUGCCAGGUGGGCCAGCUCAGCUGCUGGCAGCAUUUGCUGGGAUUGGGUUUGUCUGUUGGCAAGUCUUUCCUCCAGCCCCACCCCCCACCCCGUCUCUCCUUCUGUGA